CGGUAUGACGGCUCUUGACGCGUAUGAACAUGUCAACUAGGUAGCUGCUGCGCGCUGACCUGUCUGUCACGACACCAAGGCCGAGAAAUCGAAGUGCCCGAAUCGUAGCCCGUCGUAGCUCGUCGAGCUGAGCUAACUUGCCGAGCACCUGGGACUUCUGCCAUGCCGAGCUUGACCCCGUCGUCUGCGUCACGAUAUCGCCCUGCCAUUCUCGUCCUCACCGGAGCAGCGGCAGCCUAUGCAGCAUACCUCGUAUACAGCACCUUUCGGGCGUCACCUAGCCAUGGCCUUCAGCGAAGCAACGCUGUCCGCCGCCGCAUACGCCGGCGGGAUUCCCCUUCAGCACGCGCCCUCUCGUUGAGCAUCGCGCGCUAUGCACAUGAGAUACCUUCACUGGGCGAAUACAACCUGUUGGGAACGCGCAUAUCCCUCGAUUCUCACAACCUCGUGUCUACGGCCGAGCUUCGGCAUGUCAUUGCGCAGGCGGAUCCCAACGCCCGCGAAGAGGCUAUAGAGACGGCAAUCGGGGAUUUGUACGACGUCUUUCUCGAUCGCCUCCUAAUCUUCUUAUUUCCUAGUCGAUCGCCUUCCCCGAUAGAGGUUGAAGCAAUCCAGAGGUGGAUCGGCGACCGCAUACCAGACAAUGCUACGGUAGCUCGCGCAGCCGAGAGGCACGCGGAGAGCUUCCCUCCCGCUGAAGUUGCUGCAGGUGAUGGCGCUGAGAGUGUCGCGGCCACAGAACUGUCAUGGAGAAGCGACGAGGACACCGAAGGCGACCCGGUUGACCCAGAUGGUCAAACCCUCCAGCGUACCCUAUACCACAUAGCCGAAGAUCGUGCGAGGCAGGAGGGUGUGAUCCAUCGAGGUAUCACCUGCAACGGCUGUGACGAGAAACCCAUUCGGGGCGUCAGAUGGCACUGCGCCAAUUGCGUCGACUUCGACUUAUGCUCCAACUGCGAAGCCACCAAUUCCCACUACAAGACGCACAUCUUCUACAAAAUACGUGUGCCUGCGCCUUACCUAGGGUUGCCAAAGCAGGAACCCUUGUAUCCCGGUAAGCCUCACACGAUGAGCCCUUCGAUUGACACACCACUCAAGAAGCGCCUUAUCUCGGAGACAAAGAUGGAAGCAGAGGAAAUCGAGGCCCUCUGGGAUCAGUUCAGCUGUCUCGCUGGGACCGAAUGGGCCGGAGACACGAGUGGCGUGGGAUGGGCGCUUGAUCGACGAGCUUUCAAUCAUGCAUUUGUCCCUCGCUACAACAGCUUCGCAUCUGCACCAAACCUCAUCUACGACCGCAUCUUCGCCUACUACGACACGGACAAGAAUGGCCUGAUUGGCUUCGAUGAAUGGAUCAAGGGAAUUAACGGUAUGCACACAACCGAUGUAGAGAUCAAGACGAGGAUCGUCUUCAAUGGAUAUGAUAUUGAUGGAGAUGGCUACAUAUCGCGCAAGGACAUACUGAGGGUAUUCCGGGCUUUCUAUGCCAUUGAGCAGGAGGCCACGCGCAACUACGUUGCGGAGCUCACCGAAGACCUAUCUAUUCGGAACGCAUUGGAAACGAUACGGUCCAGCCAGCCGCUAGGCUCUGCGUUUCCCCCUCCCCCGCACAAUAUGGCCGCCUCGAAUGGCCCAAACUCUCGGCUGCAACGGAAGGUCCAAGAUGACGUUGACGGUCAUACCACGCAAGUUCUUGACGAUGAUAGCUUGGACGUGGCGGAUCGCGAGCACAUACUGAGGGCUACCGACCUUCGUAAUGUGAUGCCCGGAGAAAUGCCUCAGAGCGCGCAAGACCGUGUCGUCACAGACAGAUGGGCGCGAAGGCAGUUCUAUGUUGACGAAGAAGAGGGCAUGACUACGCCCGAGGGUGUAGAGGAUGCACAUCCGACUAGAGAAGCAUCUAUCGAUGAGACAACGCAGACCGGAGGCCUCAAUAACGCAACGUCAGAGAACGAACGCCCACGAUGGUCGCGAUCCUCUUCGAGAGUUCGUUUCCAUGACGAUGUAGACGUAGAGACUCGGUCCAACGCCUCAACAUCAUCUAGGCCGGCUGGAGAGCGCUGGGGCGGCUAUGAAAUACCCGAGCCUGAAAAAGAUCUUGGGAAGGAGGUGCUUUAUCAAAUCACCCAACAAGGUUUUAACGAGCUUCUUGAUCCGCUCUUCCAGGACAAGGAAGAUAUGGCAAUGGAUGCCUACGCAACACGCAGUGAUCGUCGGAAGCAUGCUGCUGCCAUCGAUGAAGCCAUGGAGUUGUUGAAGACGACGAAGAAUGACCUCGAAGCCAUUAUACAAGUAGGCAUCUUUCGAUUCUCCAAAUGCGUUGUUGACAUGUUCUGCAAAACGCUCAAUAGCGGGAACCACUAUGCCACUCUCAGAGCCAUUUUCCAGGACGAUGAUGGCAGCGAAAUUAGUCGAGGUGAGGCAAGAUCUAGACUUGCUAGCGUCUAUGCGUCUGUUGAGGAGACCGUCAUACGCUCUAUCAAGACUAUGAGGCAAAUGAACCCUGACAAGAUGACGCUAUGGAACACGUCACUCUGUAGACAUGAGUUGGAAGAGGAGAUAUUGAAUGCUGUUGUGGAAUGCGUAUCUCAUCUAGGUUGGAUCGCUUGGCCACUCUCAAACGGGAAGCCGAUCAUGGCGGAAGGCUCAAAUCAGGCCCCAUCGAUCUAUCGUGAUCCUACCAUGCCUCAGUUUCGACCCAACUCGCAAGCCGAUAUCGAUGCCGCGAGGUCUUUUCCUAGUAGCUCCAUUAGCACUCAUGAUGAAUCGCAAGAUAGAGACGAGUCUUCGGUAUCCGGAAAUGAAGAGAUGGCUGUAUACCAUAAUCCUGAAGGGAUAGAGCACAUAGCGUCAGAUCCACAAGGCCCCUUCUUUGUCUUUACAGUUCCCGAAAUCAAGCCUUCCAACCCAGAGGAACCAGGCGAACCCGAAGAGGAAGAUAAUGGCUCCGGUUCAGCACUAGCACCUCCACCGCCACACCCUGUGUUGUUAACCCCAGCCGAGGAACCUGCACCUAGUGACGAGCCAUCUUCCUCUACUAUCUCACCAAGACAAGAGCACCUAACUAGCCAAUCCCCGGUUAUCAAUUGGCGUUCCUACACGCACAAUCUCUCCAUCUACCUCCUCUUUGUCGACACUAAAAGCGGUGUUGAUGUGCUACGUUCAUCGUCGAGACCGGUUACGCACUCGACGAACCCCUACCAGCCAGAGACAGACCCACAUAAGCCUUUGGUACGCCAUAUACGCCAGCUGGCCAUGGAAUCUAAUUCUCGACUCCAUAUCACUAUGUUAGCUAGCUUAGAGACAGUCGAGCAAGAAAUGAAUGACCGAAAAGGCGGCGGUCUAAUCAGUUUUGACGAGUUUGCGGAGCCCAUGAGACAAGGUAGAUUGCGAUUUUUGGAGUCGUGGAUGGAUUGGGUGAGUAUAUGAACUUGCAUUUCUAGUUCUACGAUCAAUAGGCAUAUGGAUGCUCCAGCAUUGCGCUUGCAGUCGUUGACUGCUUCACUUAGCUUGGUGGAUUUGCAACCUCUACUAUUCGAGCUGGCUUGCACGACUCAUGUACCGCUUCUAAAAAUCUGCACUCCUAUCACCACAUGAAAAUGUUGGCCGGAAGCUUAUGUAGGUGACUACAAUUCUAGACGUCUUGUGGACAAGUAGGAUUAGAAGGAUCAUGUGUGUGUGGCGGGGUGCGGAAGUACAUUCAGCAACGAGAGGUAUGGUGGGACCGUGCUAGGAAGCCAGAUGCAAAAUGAUGUUAAUGAUCAAAUUACUACUGAUAUUACGACCUGUUCCAAUGCUUUGCAAAAUUAGAACCUUGUCUUCUUUAUCCGACUACGUUCUCCUGCCCUUCACCUUUCAUACUCUGCGUG